GGCCAGGGCCGUACCGUGUGCGAGGUGGAGGGGGGAGCGGCGUGGGGCGCGCGCGAGUUGAAGUGCCGGCGAGGCGGUCGGCUUCCGAGCGAAAAGGCACAAGCCAGACUGACCCUGCUAAAGCUUCACAGUGAGAAGUAGGCAAGUUUCUCAGUCAAGCCUAGGAGUGGGAGGAUUAGUAGACUCCAUCUUGAUGGGGGUUCAUCAGUCAUGGCACUAAGGGCCUUGAAAUUUGCCUCAUUGACAGCAGCUGCUUCUGGCAUCUAUCUGUAUGGAAACAAGUUCCUGGAUCCUAAUGAUUUUGGAGUUGUUCGCGUGGGCCGAGCCAUUGCCACAACGGCAGUUAUCACCUAUGACUACCUCACCUCUCUUCGGAGUGUCCCAUAUGGAUCAGAGGAGUAUGAAUUCCUCAAAUCACAGGUGCACCUGCGCUCUGCUGAGCGCCUCCGGGAGUUGUGCUGCUCCAACCGAGGCACCUUCAUCAAGGUGGGACAGCACCUGGGAGCGCUGGACUACCUCCUGCCUGAGGAGUACACCCGCACCCUCAAGGUGCUGCACAGCCAGGCCCCACAGAGCACCAGGCAGGAGAUUGAGCAAGUUAUCCGUGAGGAUCUGGGCAAAGAGAUAAAAGAGCUCUUUGUGAGUUUUGAGGACACUCCCUUGGGAGCAGCAUCAUUAGCCCAGGUACACAAAGCAGUGCUGCAGGAUGGGAGAACGGUGGCAGUGAAAAUCCAGCACCCCAAGGUCCAAGCUCAGAGCUCCAAGGAUAUUUUGCUCAUGGAGGUUCUCCUCUUGGUUGUGAAGCAGAUUUUUCCAGAUUUUGAGUUCAUGUGGCUGGUGGAAGAAGCUAAGAAGAAUCUACCCUUGGAGCUUGAUUUCCUCAAUGAAGGCAGAAAUGCUGAGAAGGUUGCUCAUAUGCUCAAAAACUUUGACUUCCUGAAGGUUCCCAGGAUCUACUGGGAGCUCUCAACAAGUCGCGUCCUUCUCAUGGAAUUUAUGGAAGGAGGACAAGUGAAUGACAGGGCCUAUAUGGAGAGAAAUGGCAUCAACGUCAAUGAGAUCUCUCGCAACUUGGGGAAGCUCUACAGUGAAAUGAUCUUUGUGAAUGGCUUUGUGCACUGUGACCCACACCCAGGCAAUGUGCUAGUGAAGAAGUGCCCAGCCUCUGGCAAGGCUCACAUUAUCCUCCUGGAUCAUGGGCUCUACCAGGUGCUGAGCGAGUCAUUCCGCAUGGACUACUGCCACCUUUGGCAGGCCCUCAUCAAGGCUGAUAUGAAGAGGGUGCAGAAGUACAGCCGGCGGCUUGGGGCAGGGGAUUUGUAUCCUCUCUUUGCCUGCAUGCUGACUGCCAGAUCUUGGGAAUCUGUCAACAGGGGCAUUGACCAGUCACCAGUCUCUGCCAGUGAGGACAUGGAGAUCCGGUCCAACGCUGCUGCUUACUUGCCCCAGAUUACCCAGCUCCUCAACAAUGUUCCCCGCCAGAUGCUGCUUCUGCUGAAGACCAAUGACUUGUUAAGGGGGAUUGAGUCAGCCCUGCACACACGGGCCAGUGCCAGCUCCUUCCUCAACAUGUCUCGCUGCUGCAUCAGAGCUGUUUCUACGUACCAGAGGAACAAGAGUCACUCGCUUUACAGGAGGGCCCAGAUCUCACUCACAGAAGCCCUAAGCCUGUGGCAGAUCAACUUAUAUGAAUUCUUUCUGUGGCUGAAGGGGUCCCAGCUGGGGAACUGGGUCAUUGCUCUCCUGAGACGGAUGCACCAUUUCACAUACUGACAUGAACUGGUGGGAGAGGCCCGGUCGCUCCCUCCCUCCCUUCUGCUCUCCAUGGCACAUUUGCCUUUCUGACUAUUUCUGUCUAUUUUUGGGUCUUACUUCACAUUACAUACUGCACUGUCCUUUUCUUUUACAGCAUUAGCUUCCUCUAUGGCACAGAGAGGUUUGAGUUGGUACCAGAGCCCUACUGUGUUGUGGUUUAGGAAAAGUAGGUGCAUGAUACCUUGAGCCAGGAAAGACAGGAAAGGAUACCUUCCUCAUUUGUGCAGAUUAAGUUCCGCUCAGAUUGUAGUGGGAUUGUGCUGGAAGCAAAUGCCUCUGACUCUUUCUUAAACAAUCUUAAAGAAUUUAAGAGAAUCCCAGCCCUACCUAGAAUGCCCCAAAACGUUUCACAGACCCUCAGAGAGAGAUGGUAAGUCCCAUUAAAACGCAAUAGGGUUUAUAUUAGUUUGUGAACUCUCCUUAGCCUGAUUUCUUUCUAGGUGUGCAGAAGGUUUCUCAGGGGAGUGAGACCUCGUGGAAGGCUGUCACUAGGGUUUUCUCUUCCAGCACUGGGGAAGGAGGACUCACAUGGUGAGAAUGGUGGACUGGGAGUAAGGUUCAUCUCCAGUCCUGUCAGCAAUUGCCUCUGUUUUUGGACUUCUCCUGGCCUGUUUCAGGUGAAAUGGGGGAAGGGGACAGUGAUCUUACCCUUCUUCUGAAAUUCAGGAAAGGCAGUAGGAAUGACAGCUCAGGGCUCUGAAACUGCUUGUAAUGUAUGUGUACUGUACAAUACUUCCACACAACAAAAAUAAAUGUGUUGUAUUGAA